AUGGAUGGAAACCAUAAGUUGAUAAGGUGGCGUUUUGUCAUACAUGGUUGCAUCGAUGGUUACAGCAGGGUAAUUGUAUACCUUGCAUGUAGUGUUGACAACAAAUCUGCAACAGUGUUGAAACUAUUUGAGGAAGCGAUUGCUAAAUGGGGGCUUCCAUCCAGAGUUAGAGGGGAUAUGGGUGUGGAAAACCGUGAUGUUGCUCAUUACAUGUUGAGCCAUCCAGCAAGGGGACCAUCUCGUGGGAGUUAUAUUACUGGCCGCAGUGUUCACAAUUCAAGAAUCGAGCGAUUGUGGAGAGAUGUGUAUCAAACCAUUCUAUCCGUGUUUUACGACCUGUUUACACUUAUGGAAACGGAGGGAAUCCUUGAUCCCGAUAAUGAACGCCACAUCUUUCGCCUUCAUGAAGUUUAUAAGCCGGUCAUCAAUGAUAUGCUUACAAAAUUUGCAAACGCUUGGAUACAUCACAAGAUGCGCACAGCCGCAAAUAAAAGUCCACUUCAACAAUUUAUUAUGGGCAUGCAGCAAAUCCAACACGAGAAUGGUACUAUUGCCAACGAAUAUUUUGAAAAUCUUUCAGAUACCGAAUUAAAUACAUAUGGUGUGGACGUAGAGGCAGGUUUACCACAAUAUAACGAUGACGAUGGAGUAGUAGUGCCGGAAACCACAAAUCCACUGGAUGAAACAGCUUUUGCUGCUUUUUUACACAGAGUGUCAGCAGUAGAGCGUACAGAUCCAUGGGACACUGAACCGUACCUAUGUGCGUUGCAAACACUUGACAACUUACUACCAGAAGAAUCGCAGUAG